CGCCCCAGCCAGGACCGCGAGGCAGCCGGCCCUGAACUUGCAACUCUUGACCCACAGUGACUGAAGAAGAAGGAAAGGAGGGCCUCCUGCCACCACUCUCAGCCUCAGCCUCGGAGGAUGCGGCUCCUCGGGAGACUCCGCGCCUCCACUCCGGAGCCCGCUUUCUCAAACGUGCUCACUCCGGACCGCAUCCCCGAGUUCUGCAUCCCGCCGCGGCUGCCCGCGUCCUGCGCGCCCGAGUCUCCGCCUCCGGCCGCCGCUCUGCCCCGGCGCUGCGCAGCCGAGCCGGACCUGUGGCCCAGAGGAGCCGACGACAGCGCGGGGCACACGGACUGGGACCCGCGCUCGCAGGCAGCCCUAUCGCUGCCGCACCUGCCCCGCGCGCUCACCGCCUACGGCUUCUGCGCGCUGCUGGAGAGCCCGCACACCCGCCGCAAGGAGUCGCUCUUCCUCGGGGGCCCUGCAGCCGCCCCGCUCGUGCCCCGGGACUCGGCUCCGGCCUCCGCCCCCGAGCUCCCCGCGGGCCUCCGCCCCACCCCGGACGCGCCCGCCCCGCCGCCCCGCGCCCGCCGCCUCCUGCGCGCCUCCGAACGGCUGCUGAGCCGCGCGCUGCGGGCCCGGACGAGCCGAGGCCUGGUCCGCGCCCCCUCCGUGUCCAGCGGGGACGGCGACGAGGACGAGGACGAGGAGCGCGGCGCCGUCGCGGGGCCCCCUUCCCAGGCCCCCUCCGCGUCCCCGCCGCCGCCGCCCUGCCCCGGCCCGCGUCCCGAGCGCCUGGAGGCCGAGGGCACCGUGGCCCUGGGCCGCGCCGGGGGCGCCCUGCGCCUGGCCGCCGAGUACAAUCGGGCCAGCGGGCGACUCCGCGUCCGGCUGCUGGGCACCGAGGGCCUGGCCGCGGGAGCCGCCGAGCCCCCCGCCGUCGGCUGCCGCGUCAGCUUCGUCCUGCGGCCGCCGGGCCAGCCGCGCUCGCAGCGCAGCGCCGUGGUCCGGCGGAGCCGCAAGGCCGCCUUCCACCAGGACGUGUGCUUGGACGGGCUCUCGGAGGAGCAGGUGCGCCGCCUGGCCGUGCGCGUCAAGGCCGAGCAGCGGGGUCGCGGCCUGGAGCGGGGCCGCCCGCUGGGCCAGGGCGAGCUGCUGCUGGGCUCCCUGCUGCUGCCCUGA